AUGAUAAUUCGAGGUAUAACUUUUGGUGUGUUUUUCUAUUUACUUCAAAGAACUUCUGGACAGAGUGGAUAUGCACAGAAUGGAGAUUUUGAAGAUGCAGAGCAGGAUGACUACUCUUUCUCCUGCUACAGUCAGUUGGAAGUGAAUGGGUCCAAGCACACACUAACCUGUAUGUUUGAUGAUCCAGAUAUCAACAGCACCAAUCUGAAAUUUGAAAUAUGUGGUGCCCUUUUGGAUGUAGAUUGCUUGGAUCUUCAUAAACUUCAAGACACUUACUUCUUAGAGACAAAGAGUUUUUUGCUGAUUGGAGAGAGCAAAAUAUGUGUGAAGCUUAGAAGAAAGAAUAUAAUUUGCAGACAAGUAAGCAUCACCCACAUAGUGAAACCUGAAGCUCCAUUUGACAUAAAAGUCACAUAUCGUGAGGAAGCAAAUGAUUUUGAAGUGACAUUUAAUACAACACACUUGAAAAAGACAUAUGUGAAUAAACUGAUACAUGAAGUAGCUUACCGCCAGGAAAAAAAGGAAAAUGAUUGGAAGCAUGUGAAUUUAACUAUUACAAAGCUGACACUGCUGCAGAGAACACUCCAACCUGAUGCAGUGUAUGAAAUUAAAGUUCGCUCUCUCCCCUUGGAGUAUUUCGAAGGAUUCUGGAGUGAGUGGAGUCCAAGUUAUCACUUCAGAACUCCUGAAACAUACAACCCAGGGGAGAUUAAUCCUGUUCUAGUUACUAUCAGCGUUCUGGGUUUUUUCUCUGUGGCUUUGAUGGUCAUCUUGGCUGGACUAUUAUGGAAAAAAAGAAUUAAGCCUGUUUUAUGGCCCAGUCUCCCUGAUCAUAAGAAAACUCUAGAACAGCUGUGCAAGAAACCAAUAAAGAAUUUGAAUGUGAGUUUCAAUCCUGAAAGUUUCCUGGACUGUCAGAUUCAUAAGGUAGAUGGAAUUCAAGAUAGAAAGGAAGCAGAAGUCUUUCUACAAGAUAAAUUUUCGUUACAACUAGAAGAGUCUGAAAAGCAGAGACUUGAAGAGGGAACACAGGAUGGUAGCUGCCCCUCAGUGCAUACAAUCAUCUCCCCGGAAACUUUCAAAGAAGAGUCAGCUCUCAGAUGUCCACCUGGCAGUGUCCAUAUGUGUGAUGCAUCUGUAGUCCCGGCUACUCCGUCCGCAGAGUGCAGAGAAGGUAGCAAGAAUGGGUCUCAUGUCUACCAGGACCUGCUUCUUCUCCCUGAAACUCCAAACAGCAUGCUGCCUCCUCCCUGUCCUUUCCAAGCAGGAACCCUGGUCGUGAACACUGAUGUCCAGAGACAACCAUUCCUUACUUGCUUGAGAUCAAGUCAAGAAGAAGCUUAUGUCACCAUGUCCAGCUUCUAUCAAAACCAGUAA